AUGCUUCUCGACAUGCAGACACUUGAUAGUGCUGGUCGAGGACCUCUUGGUUCGAUGGCGAGCUUGUUUCAAAAAACGAGACGAUCACUCGCUUCUGUUGGAGCAGCAGUCCUUAUACUUCUGCUUGCUUUUGAUCCGUUUAUUCAGCAGAUCAUUAGCUAUCCCACUCGGUUGACUGCUAUACACGGUGGUACAGAUGUUGCAACAACAAAGAUGCUGGACUACUUCGCCAUGGGAGUAAACUAUGACUUAGUCUAUUCCUCGGGGCUUUGGUCCGACAAUGACAUAGUACUGAGCUCCAGUUGUUCAUCAGGAAAUUGUAACUGGCAGAAGUUCCAAUCCAGUGGAAUGUGUAGCCAGUGCUCUGAUGUUACGAAAUCUAUGGACCUCGAAUGCAAUCUUACUGCGAAUGAAACGUCGGCUGGCAACUUCACCCAAGGUUCACGAUAUAUCAACGUGACGUGUCUCCUUACCCCCCCACAAGGAAAGUCAACCCAAUUCCACGUACACUCUUCUUAUGUGGCAUUGUCGCCUCCAGUCUGGACUUACGAAACGGGAGGACUCUCUUGGCAUGUCUUUUCGGCGUAUGACUCUUACGGGCUGGAUCUUGAUCAGACCAAGAAUCAGCCAUUUAAUGGGUUAGGUGAUCCACUGAUGGUCAUCGCGUAUGCCGAGAUAGGGUAUAAUGAGGACUAUAUUUACUCGGAUUUCAUUAGUGGGAUCAAAGUUGACAAGGCGACGGUGUGUAGCCUUGAGCUUUGUCUUCUCGAAUAUGAUGUCUCUGUCAAAAAUGGCACCCCAGAUGUGGUUACCUCAGUCCUCGACUACGGCCAAUUAUUGUGGAGAAACAAUCCUAGAAAUUCCAGUUUCGAUACGCUCUGUUGGAAGCCGACAUCUGGCCCACCGGAUAUAACAUUCGAGAAUCCUCUCAGUGAUUACACAUACGUCCAGCUAAGUCCAGUUGAGUUUGCCUUUUGUGGUAUUUCCUAUGAAACAAAACUAUCUCCGAAUUUAUUUGUGGGAUCUAUGUUCCAGCACCAUACUCGGGGGCAUACUCAAGAGUCUGGCAAUGAUACGACUGGGCUUGACUACUCGCCAGAUGGUGAUCCUAACGCUCUUCGUAUUAGCUCUGUAGGUCUUGAUAGCAUCAUGUCCAACGUUGCUAAACAUAUGAACAAGGAAGCAUUGCGCCUCAAUGGCUCGGAUGUGCAUGGCGACACAUUCGUCACCGAAGUGUUCGUGGAGGUGCAGUGGCUAUGGCUGAUCCUUCCGACCAUACUGGUGCUCUCAGGGACUAUUUUCAUUGCGAUUGUCAUUAUUCAAAACAAAAAGAAUGGCACUAGUCUAUGGAAGUCGUCUGUACUGGCUUUUUUCUAUCACGGCUUACAUGAGGUUGACAAGGAUGAUUCCAUGACCGCCAGUGUUAUGGAGAAAAAGGCUGAAGGAUUGGUUGUUCAGCUUCAGGAAUCGGAGGACCAUGGAGGCCUGAUACUGAAAGAGAAGAAGGAUUUGAUGUAA